AAUUGUGUCGAUGUACCUUCGGAACGAGCCUUAUAAUAUAAGACAGUUUAUGUAUUAAAUUUUUUUAAUAUGUAGUUAAAAUAUUUCUUAAUAAUUCAUUAAUUACAAAAUCUACAAUCGACAGAGUGGUCGCUCAGUGAGUAGGAAGCUCUCUAAAGCCAAAAGGGCGUACAAAAAUGUAAGUUUUUUCAGAAUUAGUAGCGCGAUAAGUUUAAUUCAAUUGUGUUAAGAGUGAAUAUGACUACCGAUUAUUUUAAAUAUUGCAAGCAUUUUAGUAGUGGAUGCAUCAAACUCACUGUUUUCGAGUUACAACAAUCCCAGGGUCAGUUUCAAUCGCAGAAAAGACGUUAACAGAUUUUAAUCUAAAUACGUAUUCAAAUAAAUUGAGCUCAUACCCUAAUUAUAAUUGAAUUCUACAGUGAAAUAUUUUUAAUUCCGUUCUUGUAUGAUAAAAAAAAAAGCUCAACAUAGAAAAUACCCUGCACUCCUUGUUUUUUCUGCACAUCAGUAGGUACACUUUUCGAUGCAUAAACUAUCCAUUAUAUUAUUUUAACUCAUAAUAAAUUGUAAUAACAAAGAAAUCGAAGUUACCGUAGCAACACUAUAUAGCUACAAACGCGGAUUACUUUGACUUGUAACGGACGCCAGGAAUUAAUGUGUCUAUCAAUGUCUCUUAAAUACUUUAUGAUGGGAAAAUUAUAUAGGUAAGAAAAUAGACUUUAUACAACGAUAAGGGUAAAUGCGUCGCUUCAGACGUAAUUGUUGUCAGUACAAUGGAUAUUUACGAGCGACCUUACUACAAAAUAUCGAAAAACUUUGCUUCUUUCAUAGGUCAGUGGCCUUACCAAUCUCGACUACACAGUUUUAUGUUUGGAUCAGUAUUAAUGACUUUGUUUAUCAUUCAAGUUAUCCCACAAAUAAUUGCGGCGGUUGUUAAUUCCGAUGAUAAAGAACUGCUGUUGGAAUCAUUAUCACCAUUUAUAACAGAUGUGAUAUGUAUUGCCAAAUAUAUAAAUACUAUCAAGAAGGCAAAAAUGAUUCGGACGCUCUUCGAGAGAGUUAGAGAAGAUUGGAAGAUACCUAAAAAUAAAGACGAAAAAUUAGUCCUAGAGUCUUAUCUGAGAAUGGGACGAUAUUUGUCAAUUGGUUAUACAGGGUUUGUAAACUUGGCAAUAUUAAUAUUUAUAACGGAUCCAGUUUUAUCAAUAAUCGUAAAUAUCAUUUCAAAAUCAAACGAUUCCGCGCCAUUAAAGUUCUGUGUUCCAAUGCAAUUUAUCAUAUUUGAUGAAGAAAAAUAUUAUUUGUUACUAUUGAGUUUAUCAAGUAUUUGCGUAAUUGUUAUAAUUAACGUUAUUGUUUGCUGUGAUGUUAUUUUUAUCACCUUUGUACAACACGUCUGCGGAAUAUUUGCAGUCGUUGGAUUUCGAUUGGAACAUUCACCGAGGGAUACCAACCCCCAGAAUUUGCUGGGAGAAACAAGAUUUAGCAUGAACUUACAAGAUAUUUAUUAUAAACAUUUUGUAUCCUGCAUUAGAGAUCACAGACGAGCUUUAGAAUUCGCAGAACUCCUCGAAUCAACAUUUACCAUAUCGUUUGGAAUAGUGGUUGGACUAAAUUUACCACUAAUGAGUAUUACUGGAGUCCAGCUUUUAACGCAAUCGGAUUCAAUGGCAACCACUGUGAAAUAUAUUAUGUUCACUGGAGGACAAAUACUACACCUUUUUUUCGACUGCUACUUGUCACAAAAAUUGACGGAUAUGAGCUCCCGAAUUCAGCACUCUAUAGCUAGAGCAAAUUGGUACGAAAAUUCAGCAAAAUCAAGAAAAUUGUUGAUUUUGAUGACACUGAGAAGUCAAGUUCCUUGUAAACUGACUGCAGGAAAGGUUAUGGAACUGUCUAUCGAAAAUUUUGGAAUGGUAAAAAUUAAAAGAUUUCAAUUGAGCUUCUUAAGAAGCUCGAAAACAGCAGAUAGUUUUGGAGCCCACAGGGUUAAUCGUUAUCCAAAGUUUCCUUCUUAUCCAGAGAUAUUCAUAUCGACUAUAAUAGUAGAAGCGUCAGUAGCUAUUGUGUUUAGUAGAAUGGAUACUUACGAGGAAUCGUACUAUAAAAUUAUGAUUAAUUUCUUAUGUUUUCUUGGACUAUGGCCUUAUCAGCCUCGACUAAAGCGCGUUCUAUACCCUACUGCAUUAUGGAUCUCACAUAUCGUCCAACUUAUUCCUCAAAUAAUUAUCGGAAUUGUAGAUAGUGAUGAUGUAGAGCUAUUGUUUGAAUUAUUGACAAUAUUCGUACAGGAAAUAGGCUGUAUGAUAAAAUUUCUUAACAUGAUUAACAGAGCAAAAACGAUGAAAAUAUUCCUCAAGAGAAUUCCAGACGAUUGGAAAAUACUACAAAACGAUGAAGAAGAAAAUGUAUUUAAGCAUCACUUACACACGGGAAAAUUGAUGUCAGCAGGUUAUGCAGCCGUAAUGAUUAUGGUAACAGUAUUUUACUCAAUGGAUCCAGUUAUAACUAUAUUUGUAAAUACUAUUUCAAAAUCAAAUGAUUCUGUGCCUCACAAAUUUACUACCCCUAUGAAAUUUAUUAUAUUUGACGAGGAAAAAUAUUAUUGGCCACUAUCGAGUUUAUCAAUUAUCUGUAUGUGUUUAUUCUCGAUAGUUUAUGUUUGCUAUGAUGUUGUUUUUAUUUCAUUCGUACAACAUGUCUGUGGAAUAUUUGCUGUUGUAGGAUUUCGUUUAGAAAAUUCGCCUAUCGUUAAAAGCCAUGAUUCUACGAUCGAAGAAAAAAAAAUUUUUAUAAACUCAGAAGACAUUAUUUACAAUCAUUUUGUAUCGUGUGUUAGAGAUCACAAGCGAGCUUUAGAAUCUUCUCAACUCAUUGAAGAAAUUUAUACCCUAUCUCUUGGAGCAUUAGUUGUACUCAAUUUACCUGUAAUGAGUGCCACCGGGGUCAAGAUUCUUUCACCAUCCGCUACAAUCGACGACAUUGUGAAAAAUUUAAUGGAUGUAUCAGCUCAAUUGGUAUAUCUCUUUUUCAACUGCUACAUGUCACAAAAAUUAACUGACAUGAGCUUCUACGUUCAUUACUGCAUAGCUAGAGUAAAUUGGUACAAUUAUUCUAAAAAAUCAAAAAAAUUGUUGUUUUUAAUGACCCUAAGAAGUCAAGUUCCUUGCAAACUGACUGCAGGAAAAGUAAUAGAAUUGUCUAUAGAAAAUUUUGCAAAGAUGGUGAAAACAGCUGGAUCGUAUUUCACUGUUCUUCUGUCCAUGCGUUAAGUUACAAUACAUUUCGUAUGUAAAGGAUUAAGGUCAGCAAAUUUUUUAAUUGCUGAUAAAAAUUUGAGCCAUCGAGUAAAUAAUUUUUAGCAUCUUCUAAAAAAAACAGAAAACCUAAAAUUGUCUUGUUAAAUGAAACUUUUUAACAAGGGUUGUAAUUCAGACCGAGUGACUGGCUAUUAAUUUAACUUAUUAAUGAAAUUUAUUUUAAUAACUAACGAUGAUUUUGAAUAGAGCUAAUGUAAAGUGGUAUAAUACUUUAUAAUCAUGAAUAUUCUUAUGCUUGAACAAAAUAAAAGGAAAAAAUAUUAUAUUAGUUAGCUUUAUACCUUUAUACCAUGUUUCUGUUAAUGAAUAUCACUUACUAAACUUUUGAAUGUGCAAACUGUGCGUUUUGUUAUUAUCGUUGCCAAUACUAAGUUGUAAUGGCAGCGGAAUCGAAGUAACCCUAGCAACUAUCAAACUACAAAAGGGGAUCAGUUUUCUUUGUGAAUUAAAAUAGAAAUUUCCCGUCUAUUACUAAUAUUUUAAUACUUUGUACUUAAGGGCAUAAAAUGUGGGGAGCAAGUGCAGAAAACAAAGAGUCUAUAAUUAUUAUUUUAAUAAUUUAUACUUCGAGAAAUGAAAUAAGGAAAAUGAGCAAAGAAGCUAA